UCUUUCCAGAACAAAGGAGACGAGAAGAGCCUUCAAGAUAAUUCAGACCUGAUGCUGUUAGCGGGAGCAGACUUUAUAAAUGCCUAGUGGUUGCCGGUGUCUAGCGCGACCUCCUACAUCAUCAGUUGGACUCCCGGUGAUAACGGCGGGACUCACACUGUGGACGGUGGUGACAACAUUAACUAUACCAUCACAGGUCUUCAGCCGUGUACUGACUACACUGUCACUGUCCAGCCGAUGAGUGACAGCGGUAAAGUAGACCCGCCUCUUACAGCGACCACAACAACGACCACCCCUGACCCUGAUCCCUACCUCCAGGACGUUGUGGCGGCCAAGGUGAUGGAUCAGUCCUCUCAGCUGUUCGUGAAUUGGACCGCGGCACAAGGCGUCGGUAACUGUGUCGUCACCUACAGGAUCACCUGGAGCCCCGUCAGUGAGGGUGAUGGUAGUGGUACAUCUUACACCACCUCGCUGAGCCACACCAUCACCCAGCUGGAGGCCUGGACCACCUACCACGUGUGUGUGGCCGCCAGUACUGAUGAAGAGUACACUCCAGACAAAUGUACCAACGGAAGGACAGACGAGGACAAACCAGGACCUCCAGUCAUCAUGUCGGUUGAGCCAGCACCGUCCUCGUCACUAAGAGUGUCGUGGAGCACCCCAGAGAAGCCCAACGGCGUCAUCACCAACUAUACUAUUACCUGGACCUGGGAGGGGCAUAUGGACCAUACCAUAACCCCUGACAACACGUACACCACCACCGACCUGCUUCCCUGUACCACCUACAGCGUCACCGUCAGGGCUGCUACAAGUAAAGGUUAUGGUCCAGAGAGUGAUCCAUUGACUGGAACAACUUAUCGUGUAGACCCUGAUCCCUACCUCCAGGACGUUGUGGCGGCCAAGGUGAUGGAUCAGUCCUCUCAGCUGUUCGUGAAUUGGACCGCGGCACAAGGCGUCGGUAACUGUGUCGUCACCUACAGGAUCACCUGGAGCCCCGUCAGUGAGGGUGAUGGUAGUGGUACAUCUUACACCACCUCGCUGAGCCACACCAUCACCCAGCUGGAGGCCUGGACCACCUACCACGUGUGUGUGGCCGCCAGUACUGAUGAAGAGUACACUCCAGACAAAUGUACCAACGGAAGGACAGACGAGGACAGUGAGUAGUGGAUGACGAUGAUGGUGAUGAUGGUGAUGAU